UCCGGUUAGAAGAGAUGUAUUUUUAGAGCUGUCCACGGCUGCUAGACAACUAGCCUAGCUCGUUGCGCCGUAGGAGAUCGGCCGACCUUGACCAGAUGGACAUCACGAGGCUCGCUGUGGACGCGGGCGCGUUUAUCAACCGAGCUGUUCAGUAUACGGAGGAAGCUCUGGGACAGGCUGAGAAGACAGAGUUGGACAGCCGGUUGGUGAGUCUCCUGGACAGAGCAGACUCCACUAAGACCUGGACUGACAAAAUCAUCUCACAGACUGAGACUUUAUUGCAGCCUAACCCUGGAGCUCGUUUAGAGGACUUGUUGUAUAAGGGUCUGGAUUGGAGCGCCCCUGAGAGGCCAACCCCCCACGAGCUGCUGAGUGAAAACAUGAUGGACGCUGCUCUGGAACUGGGGAGACACACACCCUACGGUAGUACUCUGAUUAAGUGUGGGGAGUUGGAGAGGCAGAUCGGGGUGGCAAACAAGAAGCUGAUCCAGAGUACAGACAUCAACUUCCUGUCUCCUCUACGGAGGUUUACUGACCAGGAAUACACCGUCAUACAGAAUGAGCGCAGACAGCUGGUGAAUAAGCGGUUAGAUCUGGACAUUGCGAAGGCCAGACUGAGAAAGGCACAGGAAGCAGACAGCGAGGCCCGGGGUCUAAAUGCUAACCCAUUAGGAGAGGAGUAUGUAGCUCAUGUCUCCUACAUGUUCAGCUUCCUACGAGUCAGAUGGCUGAAGAUGUGGGCCCAGGAAGUCUCUCAGGCAGAGAUGGAGCUGAGGAUCUCUCAGUGUGUGUUUGACCGACAGUCAGAGAUCACCAGACUACUGCUGGAGGGAAUCAACACUACACAUGCUGCCCAUUUGAGAAGCCUGUCUGACUUUGUAGAAGCCCAGGGUAGCUACUACGCUCAGUGUUACCAGCUCACACAGGACCUACACACCCAACUGGCCUGGUGUGUAUCUGUGUGUGUAUCUGUGUGUGGCAACUAG